AUGCCAAAUUCCGUAGGAGGCGUACACGGAGGGCCCCAAAUCUGCGGAAUAACGGAACAGGAGCGCGGCGAAAGAACAGAGGUUACGCGGAGGGUAGAGCAGAGUGGAUCUGCCUAUUCGAAAAUUCCAAGCAGCAGCAGCAACAUGUCCACCAAGACGAAGCGCAGCAGAACCGAGGCACGUGAGGCCGGCGUCGGGGAACAGCCCGCAGCGAUAUGGAGGCAGGAUCCCGAAUCCUACCUCCAGCUGUGCGCGUCACCCCUGGCGUCGCGCUCUCCGUCGCCGUCGGAGGAGGAGGACCGCGGCGAGAUCCCGGACAUCGAGUUGGAGGACGACGCGGAAGAGGAGGCCCAGAUGCCGGACGACGCCGGAGACGUGGUGUCGCUCUCGUCGGAUGACGACGACGAGACCUGGGGAGGCCUGGACUCGGUCACCCCGGAGGUGUCCUCGGACGAGGAGGAUCACCUGCGACGACGGGAGCGGGUGAAGCUCAAGUCCCACCGCCUCCAGAUGGCAAGGCAGGGGAAGAGCUACAUCCCGCUCGGGAUGGCGCCACCAACGAAUCGCCCAAGGGACUGGCGACAGAUGUUCCUGGCGCGCCGGAUCACGCACGCCCGGAUAAAGGGCCAAAUGAGGCGCCAGGCGGCCGCCGAGAUCGCGGUCCAGAGGCUGCUCGAGAGGGCCGAGGAGGAGGAGGCUCGCCUGUGGGAGCCCUCACCACCGCCGCCACCACCGGCAGUAACCCCGCCACCACCACCACCGGCGACACCGCCAACACCACCGCCAACACCACCGCCACCACCACCGGCGACACCACCACCGGCGACACCACCGCCACCAACACCGGCGACACCACCGCCACCACCACCAGCGACACCGCCCCCACCACCGCUGCGGGAGCAGCAGGAGGCAUGGCGGAUCGCAGAGGAGCGACGGGUGGUCGAGGCUGACGGCGGGACGUGGCAUGAGGCGGUCGUCACAUGGAGAUGGCCGGCACAGGAGUGCGGGAAGAGGACGCGAGCAGAGGACGAGGAACUGGAGAAGACGGCGUGGGAGUGGCCCAGUCCACUGGCAGCGACGCCUAAAAUCGCGCGGCAGGCCUCGUGCCCCGAGGCACGUGCCCCGCCGGAGAGGCCGGAGAUGCAGCGGCAGCAUUCCGCGAGAGGCGAGCCGUGGACGCCGAUCGCGGAGGAGGAGUGGCCACCGAGUGUGGCAACGGAGGCACGACGGCAGCGAGGGAGAGCGCGGCAGAAGCGGUGGGCCAAGCUGGUCGUCGCUAACGGGGCCCGGUACCGCAUCAAGGUAUCCGCAACCGGCGACGUCAGCGUUUUCCGCGCGGAAUAA